AUGAAUGAGAAUGAUAACAAGAACAAAGAUAAGAAGCAGAGCAAGAAAGAGGACGACUCGAAAAAUGACAAGGACGAAGACGACAAUGACAACGACAAUGACAAGGACAAGAAGAACAAACAAAAGAAGGAAGAUCCAUUAUUCUUCAAAGUCAUCAAGAACACAUUCUUGGCAUCGACUGCAGUGUUCACUGGAAUGUUCGCUUAUAUCAGUUGGAAGAUGAACCAGGAGGAGGCAUUCACUGAUUAUCAUACGUUCAGUUCUGAGAUACUUCCAUUGGGCAAGGUGACAAAGGUUCGCAUCUCGGAUGGUGUGGCGUAUAUUAGGAUCACGACAAGCGAGGGACCCAAGGGCUACAAGAUCAACGUGCCCAACCCCGACGACUUCCAGCGCAGACUUCAGCAGUCCCAGGCGGAGCUGGGCAUUGAGAUGGGCGACCAGGUAUUUGCAGAGUUCCCACCCGAGAACCGCGUGUUCCAGGAGGCGCUCAACGUCCUGCCCACCCUGAUCUUUGUCGGUGUCAUCUUCUACUUCACCAGGAACUUGGGUGGCGUCAUUGGCAAGGGCACCGCCAGCUUGUUCUCCAAGAAAUCGUCCAAGGUCACGCGCGGCAAGUCCACAACAUCAUUCAAGGACGUGGCAGGCAUGGACGAGGCCAAGGAGGAGAUUAUGGAGUUUGUCACCUUCUUGAAGAACCCAGACAAGUACAAGCGUCUGGGCGCCAAGAUCCCCAAAGGUGCCAUCCUCGUCGGUCCACCCGGCACAGGAAAGACGUUGCUGGCCAAGGCCACAGCCGGUGAGUCUGGCGUGCCCUUCUUCUCCAUCUCUGGCUCAGACUUUAUCGAGAUGUUUGUUGGAGUUGGACCAUCACGUGUGCGAGACCUGUUCAAGGAGGCCCGCGAAAAUGCCCCAUGCAUUGUGUUCAUCGAUGAGAUUGAUGCAGUGGGACGCGCGCGAUCAAAGGGCGGCUUCCAGAACGACGAGCGUGAGAACACCUUGAACCAGAUGUUGGUGGAGAUGGACGGCUUUGGCACUACAGAGGGCGUCAUCGUCUUUGCCGGCACCAACAGACCAGAUGUGUUGGAUCCAGCACUUCUCAGACCAGGUCGUUUCGACAGACAGAUCUACGUUGGCGCACCAGACAUCAAGGGACGCAAGGACAUCUUCCUGGUGCAUCUCAAGAACAUCAAGUUGGAUGGCGAGCUUGAGGACAUUGCCAAGAAGCUGGCUACCCUGACACCAGGCUUCUCUGGUGCAGACAUUGCCAACGUGUGCAAUGAGGGCGCCCUCGUGGCCGCAAGAAAGAACUCAUUGACCGCAAACUUCAAGCAUUUUGAGGAGGCGAUUGAGCGUGUGCUGGUUGGACUCGAGCGCAAGAGCCGUGUUCUCUCACCAAACGAGAGGAACAUUGUUGCGCACCACGAGGCCGGUCACGCCAUCGCCGGAUGGUACCUCGAGCACACUGACCCAUUGCUCAAGGUGUCAAUCGUGCCACGCGGCACUGGCACCCUUGGCUUUGCCCAGUACCAGCCCAAGGACCAGUACCUUUACACCAAGGAGCAGUUGAUCGAUCGUAUCUGUGUCACUCUCGGUGGUCGUGUGGCCGAGUCCAUCAUCUUUGGCCGUAUCUCGACUGGCGCUCAAGAUGACUUGGAGAAGGUAACCAAGAUCGCCUCUUCCCAGGUGGUUCACUAUGGCAUGAACGAGCGACUGGGCUUCAUGUCGUUCAAGAAGGAGAACAAUGGCGAGAUCACAGUGCAGAAGCCAUACAGUCAGGCAACAUCAAGAUUGAUCGAUGAGGAGAUUAGAAAGAUCGUGGUGGAGGCUUACGACAGGACUUACGAGCUUCUUACCAGCAAGAAGGACGAGCUACUAAAGGUUGCCGCUGUACUCCUGGAGAAGGAGGUCUUGCUCCGCGAUGACAUGAGAGAGCUGCUUGGACCACGUCCAUUCAGUGAGAAGACCACCUGGGCUGAGCUGACCGGAGAGACCGAGUCGGCCACCGUUGUGGAGUCAACCGUUGCAGCCACAUCAGCAACAAUCAACGAAUCAACAACGACUACUACCGAGUCUGGCAGUGGCUCAGCUACAGCUGCAGCACCAUCAUCACCUGCCAACUAA